AUGGCGCGCACCACAUCACGAAAUGCCAACUCGUCAGGUGGCAGCCGUGCUGUCGACUCCACACCCUCUGCCACCGCAUUCAACCACGUAGAUGACUCUGACGGAUCGUUGACCGAGCUUUCCUCAGAAGGCGAGGGCGGUGACUCCAGCGAGGAUGAAUCAGAGUCAGACGAGGAGAUGCCAGACGAGGAUGACGACAACGACGGCGACUUUGGCUCCCGUCAAAAGAAGAAAGCGCCCCGAGGCUCGGUCGCUAGCACUUCCAAGGCCAAAAAACCAACCGCGACACCGCGCGCUAGGAAGGCAGCAGGCGCCAGCAGGAACCUCGCCACGAAAACGCCGCGCUCCGCCACCACCACCGCCAAGCGUUCCGGUUCCUCUCGACCAAGGGCCGGAACCGCCACAGCGACGCCUUCUGGCGCAAAAUCCCGUACAGCUGCCAGCAGAGACGAACUCCCCAUCAACGAAGACAACGACAUCUUCAAUGCCGUCAAGGAUCCCAAUUCGGCGCUACAAUCCACCGCCGAGGACUGGGUCGUCUCCUUUUCAGAUCACGAGGGACGCGCUUUGGCGCAGCUCGUCAACUUUGUCAUUCGUGCCUGCGGUUGCAAUGGAAGCGUGGACGAAAACCAGGUCAUCGACAUUGACAACGUAGUCGACACCCUUGAGGAGCUCCAGGAAGCUUUCAAGAAGCAACCCAUUCCUUCCUAUCCAAUUGUCUCCAGGAGCAAAUCCUUCAAGUCGUUCCGAAAAUCGCUCAACGAGUUCCUCCACCGCUUGGUAAUGAGCGCCUACGAAGCCGAGGUCCUGACUGCCGACGGCUUCAUGGAGCCCUUCCAGGCAUGGGUCUCGGCCAUGUCUUCCUCUUCGCUGCGUUCUUUCCGUCACACGGCUACCGUCGUUGCUCUCUGGACCGUCUCAGCGCUCAAUGAAGUCAGUACACAAGCCACCAAGGACCUCUCCACCGCCACAAAGCAGCGCGAUGCUGAGAAGAAAAAGGCACGCACUGACAAAAGUCGACUCAAGGAUCUCGAAAGCAAAGUGCUCGAAUCGCGAAAGCUCAAGGCGCGUCUCGAAGAAUACAUCAACGAAGUCAUCAACUCGGUCUUUGUCCACCGUUUCCGCGAUUUUGAUGCUGGCAUCCGCUCCGAAUGCGUCGAAACGCUCGGCUCAUGGAUGAAGAAAAGUCCUACUCAAUACCUACAGAGCUCCUACUUUCGUUACAUUGGCUGGGUGCUGUCCGAUGUCGAUGCAAAUGUACGCAUGGCUGCUGUGCAUGCCAUGACUGGCCUCUAUACCCGCGACAACUUUGUCAACCCUAUCCGCACGUUUACCGAGCUCUUCAAGGGUCGCCUUGUGCAGAUGGCCACGAGCGACGUCGAGUUGGGCGUCCGUAUUGCGACCAUCAACGUGCUGGUCACGAUCGACAAACACGACCUCCUCGAAGAUGAGCAGCGCGACUUGCUGGCAACACAUAUUUUUGACGUCGAGCCUCGCAUCCGCAACGCUGUCGCCAGCUUCCUCGCCAACAUUCUCGACGAGAUGGUCAGCCAAGGCGCCAGCGAGCUUGGGAGUCUUUCGGUGGCGUCCAAGAAGAAGGGGAAGCAUGCUGAAGAGCAGCAGCAGGAGCAGGCCAAGCUUCGCUUCAAGUGUCUCGCCGAGCUUCUUGUCAAGUAUGGUCAUCGUCUUGACGCUCAAGAGUCUGCCACCUCUACAAGCACUGCCGAGCGCAACGGAUCUGACGAGCUUAGCGUCGUGAUCGACGGCGCCAAGGACGGUCGCGUCGGCAUGGCAGUCGAGGCCUUAUGGGAUGCAGUCGACGACUUGCAGCACUGGAAGCCGCUCAUCGAUCUGCUUUUGCUCGACCACUCGAGCAAAUCCGCAGCGGGUCGCAGCAAAGGCAGUGUCGCUACCGAAAACGCCGCUCCCGCCGUAUACCGCCUUGAACCGGAAGAGGAAGCCGUAUUGGUGGAAGCGCUGGUGGCUAUCCUCCGAAAGACGUACGCCAGCGCUGAGCUUAUCGACGAUGACGAGGACAAUACGAAGGAGGAGGUCACACGCGCUAUGAUCGUGGCUCUGCCUAAGCUUCUUGCCAAGUAUCGCACCGAUGCGCCACGAAUUGCCGAUCUUUUGCUGCUUCCACAAGUCAUGGAUCUCGAGAUGUACACCGAACUUCAAGAGACAGCCGCCUUUGAGGCGCUCUGGGACGACGUGUCCAACCAGAUUCAGCGUCACGUCGAGCCGCUCGUUCUCAAGCAUGGCGUACAGACUUUGCAGAAGAUGGUUGCCACAACAUCCCAGUCCGCAAUCAACAGUACGAAGCUGUCAGCGCUGGAAGAGGGGCUGGUCUCUUCGCUUCGAGAGACCGUCAGUGACCGCGAUGUUGAGACGGCCGGUUUCAGUGAGGACGAAGUUCACUUGCUAGCCGCUAACAUGCUCCGCCUACAUUUGGUGAGUCAGGUGAUCAACACCAGCGAUGCACUCGAGGACGAUGAAAAUGGCCAGGCCACUAGUGGCUGGGAGAUCGUGCUUGGUAUUGCUGGACGCGGUCGCUUGGCUUAUAACGAGGAAGAUGGCUUGGUCCGUGACGCCAUGGCGGUGCUGGCACUUCAUAUCAUGUGGAAGACGCGACAGGUGAUCAUGCCCGAAGCCGGAACGCAAGCGGCAUUGGCAGAAGCGUUGCUGGCUAAGCGCACGACGGCGCUCAGCUUGUUUGAGGAAUUUGUUGCUAGCACCCAGUCGCAAGCAUGCGUGGGCGUUCAACGCGUUGCGUUUGAAAAGCUGGCGACGAUCCACAUGCUCUACGCCGCCAUUCCUAAGCAAGCACCUGCAGCUGCGGUGAAGACAGGCGACGAUUCGCCCAUGGCAGCCGCAGAAGAAGACGUCGCACAGCAUCGUUCUGGUCCCCUUCUUCCAUCUCUGUUGGCUCUCACAUGCAAUGCUGAAGUGCAGCAGCACUGCACUCAGUUUAUUGAAGCCGAGAUUGAGCGCUACAUCGAAAAGUCCGGCGUGCUAAACAAUGCGACACAAGGCGAUUCUGACGAGGAAGAAGACAGCGAUGGAGACGAUGGCGAGCAAGAAGAUGAGACCGAAGAUAACGAAGAGGAUGCCGAGGCGACACCCAAGGCUUCGCGUAGUCGAGGCGCAAGCAAGAGCAAGAAAUCGAAAAAACCAUCAUCGAAAGGAGCGGCGCCGAACGGAUCGGCUGCUGCAGCAGGAUUGGAGCGCCCCAAUCAAGCACAACUCGAAGCGGAGCACACAUUCUGCUCGUUGAUCAGCACCUUUGCAUCUGCCAUUCGCGUCGGUGUGAUCGAUGCCAAGUAUUCGACGGUGGUGCUGAUCCAGUUUGGACGGCUGGGAGCGAUCUACGAUUCGUGCUGCAAGGCAUUGGUGGAGGUGCUCAAGGAAGAGGCCAUUUUUGGUGGCUACAACCGAGCCGUGAUCGUCGAGAGUUGCAUCUGGGAUUCACUGCGGGAAGCGUUUGAGCUGUACCUCGACUCAGGCGACUCUGCUGCUGAAGCGCGUUUCAUCUCGUUAUCUCGACAGCUUGCAAAUGCGCUUGUGGUGCGUGGAGCAGGGUUCACCGCGCUGCGCAAGAUCGACGCACGCUGCCUGAUUUCGCUGCACAGCCGUGCAAGCGAGCACAUUGCGCAAAAAGCGGCCGCAGCCGAACGCCAGGGCAACAAAAAGGUACGCCAGCGGAUGCCUGCGCUUUACAAAGGCAUGGCGAACCUGCUGCUCACUGCGAGCCCUACGGACGCAGUGAAGAUCAAGAGCGCGAUGGAUCGAGCGUAUCGCGCUGCCAACGUGCAAAUCGCGCCGACUGCCAAGGCAUGGGAUGCUCACCGGUCGUACGAAAAGAGAUUGCUCAAAAUCGCGGCCAAAAGCACGCUGUUUGCGCCGGCAAAGGUGGUACCGAGCCGCAAGUCGCCGGAAGUGUCGGACAGCGGUGGUGAGCUGUCAGAGGACGACGAUGGGUUGCCUGCUCGGGGCGAUCGUGUGCUGCCCACGCGUGAGAGAACGAGUCAGAAGCGCGACCGUACCGAUGGAAGUGAGGAAGAGCAGGUGGUGAACGAGGAGGAGGAGGAGGAACACGUGAGCAUUGUCGCGCCUGGUAGUGACGCACCUUCCGAGCUGGACGUCGAGAUGCCUGCUUCCGAAGCUAGUUCACUGAAACUGGACGAGGACGAGGGCGAGGACGAGGGCGUGGCGAGGGUGCCCACUAGCAAGCGUAGGAAAGUGUGA